AUGGCAACCAAUGUCGACAUCAAAGAUGUCCAGGCCCAUCUGGCCCAGUACCAGGGCGACAGAUACGUGGACGGCUGGGCUGCACUAUGGGACAAAGGCGGUAAUCUGCCCUGGGACAAGGGAUUCCCCAAUCCCGCGUUGGAAGACGUGCUGGUUCAGCAGAAAGGUACUCUCGGUGGGCCCAUCGCCCAGGAUGCACAGGGCCAGUCGUACAGACGCAAAGCCCUGGUCCCGGGCUGCGGCAGGGGAGUCGACGUACUGUUGCUUGCUAGCUUCGGCUACGACGCCUACGGUCUCGAGUAUAGUGCUGCUGCCGUUGAGGCAUGCAGGAAGGAAGAGGCGGAGGAGCACAGCUGGGAUCGCGUGCGAGACCAGACGGUCGGGCGCGGGAAGGUUACUUUUGUACAGGGCGACUUUUUUGAUGAUGCCUGGCUACAGAAGAUUGGGGUCGAGUUGAAUGGCUUUGAUCUCAUCUAUGACUAUACGUUCUUCUGUGCUCUGAACCCGGCACUUCGUCCCAAGUGGGCACUUCGACACACCCAAUUGCUGGCUCCAUCCCCGUCGGGCAACUUGAUCUGUCUCGAAUUCCCUCGUCAUAAGGAUCCCCAAGCUCCAGGGCCCCCAUACUCCUCCUCCUCCUCGGCGUAUAUGGAGCACCUGAGUCAUCCCGGGGAGGAGAUCCCUUACGACAAUGGUCUUGUCAAGCACGAACCUCUGCGAGGACCGAGCAAAGCCGGCCUAGAAAGAGUGGCAUACUUCCAGCCCGAGCGAACGCACCAAAUUGGUCAGGGCGAGAACGGAGUGAUUCAUGACAGAGUUUCUAUUUGGCGUCGGCGUAACUAG